AUGGGAAUAUUGGGUUUUGGCCAUCUAGGACAAUUUCUAUACAAUCUUUUAGAACGGGAACAAUCGAAAUCAGAACAAAAAUUUGAAUUAGUAUUUAUUUGGAAUCGCUCAGUGAAUGUAUUUAAAAAAUAUCCAGAAAUUAAUAAACAAUUAAUCGUUGAAACAGUACAAGAAGGUUUACAACGUUUACCCGAUUUAGUUAUUGAAGUUGCUCAUCCAGAUGUCAUCGAAAAGUAUGGAAUUCAAAUUCUUGACGUAUGUGACUUAUUUAUCGGCUCUCCAACUGCUUUUGCGGACGAUCAUUUGGAAAAGUUAUUACGUAAAAAGACGAUGGAUUCAUCACAUUCAAUUUAUGUUGGUGCUGGUGCAUGUUGGGGCGCUGAGGAUAUUUCGAAAAUGUGUGAAAGAAAUAUUUUGAAAACCUUAUGUAUAACAAUGAAAAAGCAUCCAGAUUCACUUAAACUUAAUGAACCGUUGCGAACAAAAUUAACGGAAAAUUUAGAGAUCGAAGGUGAAGUGAUAUUGUACGAUGGUCCUAUACGUGAAGUAUGCCACUUAGCUCCGAAUAAUGUUAAUACAAUGGCUAUUUGUGCUAUAUUGGCGCCAAAUUUGGGUUUCGAUGGCGUUCAGGGAAAACUGGUUGCUGAUAAAAAAUUAUUUGAUCGACAUAUUAUAGAAAUUGAGUUGUGGGGUCCAGACUCUAUCGAUAAAAAUAAACCAUCGUUUCAUUGUAAGACAAUUCGGACAAAUCCCGCUGAUAUUGGACAUCGAAAAGUUCAAGUUCAACAGACACCAUCAUUAUCACCGACACCAGCCAAAAUACCAAAACAAGAACAACUAAAAUCACAACGUACUCUCGGCGUUCCAGAAGAUGACAUUAUUCGUUCUCGCCUAUUAUAUGAGGGUGACAUGGGUAUUGAUGAUCGGCGUAUUUUAACACUAAUGAAAACGUAUCAUCGUUGGUUUCAUGACUCAUCGACCACAUCUGAUGAUUCAAUUGAAAAACUUCUCUCAUCACUGUACGCUAUUGAACACUCCUAUACUUUAUCACAGACAACGUUAAAAAUGGACAAAUAUGAACAAUUAUGUUAUGAGCAAAAAAAUUCAUCUAUUUUAAAACAUUUAGAAAAAUUACGUAUAGAAUUAGAUUUGAAUGAGAAGCAUUUGAUUAAAGCAAAAGAUAAACGUUUACAUCUUUUAGAAUAUGAUCGAAAAUGUAUAGAUAUUGACAAAUAUCCAACAAGAAAAGAAUUAAAAACACAGAUACAAUCUGUUCUAGAACGUAAACAAUAUUUUGAACGUUUAUUGACAACAUUCGACUCCACUUAUCAUUUACGAUUGAAACAAAUUGCCAUUUAUAUGAAACCUAUAUUUGAGUUAGAUUUGAUAUUGAGAGAAGAUACAAUAUCUGUCGAUUCAGAUACUGAAGAAGAACAAUCAACUAUCAUAAAAUUAUCUGUGCCUAUAACAACUGCAGAAAAAUCGAGUAAACAAUCAAGUAAACAAUCAAAAACAUCGAGCACAACCACACCGAAAGCUUCGUCACACAAGCGAACAAAUUCAGAUUCAUCAGCAGCUAGUAUGGAAGAUGAUGUGCCACCAUCUAGUAAAAAUUUUAUAUUUAUUGUUAAACAAAUGUAUGUAAUUUAUCGCACAAUAUGUACAUCUUCCACUCUACCUGUUAUUCGUUCUCUACUGUUCUCUACUAUUCGUUCAACACCAUCGACUAUUUUUAAAUGUUCACCUUUACCCAUCGGUUCUCCUACAAAAUGUUACUCCACUCUGUUAUUCUUGAACAAAAGCUUUUUAUUCAAACAGCAUACAUUACGUUAUUCUCCAAAUCAAUUAUUUGUAAAUACUCUAAAAACACUCAGAAAUCGACCAGUAAUUAUUAAAUCACAACAGCGACAGUCACAUCCGAAUAAUCCAGUUCAUCCUCCAGAUUAUGUACCACCAUCAACCACAUCUGCCGUAAAAUCGCAGUCAAGUAUACUUCAACGAUUUCGUCAAGCCUAUGCUAAAUAUGGAAAAAUUUUGAUUGCAGUUCAUUUUGUUACAUCGUGGAUGUGGAUUUCAGGACUUAUUUUUAUUCAUGUUAAAGGCCUUGAUUUAGGAAUGUAUAUAAUGAAUGGUCUGGUGUAUUUGAAUGUAAUUACUGAUGAGCGUCGUACAAAAUUUGUUCAAAAAUUGAAUGAUUUUCAAAUUAUAUCUGUUAUCAAAAAAUUACCACUACUUACUGAGGAUCAAGUGACACGUCUUAAUGACUAUUUCACUGGCGAACGUUUGCGACUAUUAGCUACUGCUGUUUUACUUUAUAAAUUUCUUACACCUAUUCGUUAUGCAACUUCAUUAGGUGUGACAGCAUUCUUAUCGAAAAAUUUGUUGAAACGUGGUGUUUUGAAGAGAGCACCACAAGGUGAUACACUCAAAGAAUUGUAUCAUGAUCAAAAACAACUCAUUGGACACAAUGUUAGACGAGCAAAAGAUCACAUUAGAAAUAGAAUUAAGAGAAGAACGAGAAGAGGAAAAAUAGCACAGUAG